CUGUAAAAUCAUUAUUCUGCACCUUGUUGCGUAAGCUACUGUAACAGAAAACAAUUUAAGAUUUCUCAAUUCAAGCUAUCUUAAAACACAGGUCCGUUUCGUACCAGUCUACCCUAAAAUAUGUCUUUUCCAAAGCGACGAGUUGUAACGGACUUUUCCCCCUCGUCAAACAGAGAGGAAGAAAAGGCUACCGAUGCUCGGAAGUUUGUCGUGUUUGUGCGCGAAAUUUCCUCCAGGGGAGACUGAAAUUUUCGGUUUGAAACGGUCGCGCAGAUGCAAUCGAGCCGUUGUCUAGUUCAGUUCGUAGGGCGGUGCAACGGAAAAAGUAUAGUUUUUGCUAGGAUUAAGGACUAUUAGUAGUGUUGUUUCAAAUGACUGUGCUUGUAGAUUUCUAAGUAGUGAUGUCCCGUCAUAAUUACACAAAUCCGGCCUUCUGCCAGCAAAGUGAGUUUAUUCCACCAAAAUCCAGUCAAAAUGGAUCCAAAAGUGCUUACAAUUCACCGGCAAAAAUCCAGCGAAGUGAAUUAACGCGUUCGUAUAAUCGGAUAAGUUCAUCGUUAGUCAGACAAAAUACCUUUUCAUGUCAUGGAUCGGAUCGAAGAAACGUAUUGCCCCCGUUGCCCGGACCAAAACCUGGAGGAGCCCGAUUGAUUGAUCAGUACUCUUCAAAUACUUCUAUAUCGGGCACUCGCUAUGGAUCCGUUGCAUCAGCGUUGGAUAAUUCAUUGAGCAGCAACAAACACUCCACCAUUGGACGUUAUGCUUUGGUUCCGGUUGAGGAAAUACCAACCAACGACAAAGGAAGGUACGCAGUUCUUCCGAUAGAACAGUCUUUAAUAACAGCGUCAACCACCAGGAUAGUCAAGAGUCAGGAGAACCUCGAUCGCUUCUGUAGCACAUCGGAACUAAAUGAGGAAACAGCAAACCUCUCGGAUCAGUUCUGUAGCCUACCUCCUCUGUCUUCGCCACCCAAGGUCACCACACAGAACCGUCUGAAGAAUGCAUUCUCCUCGGACUUUGGUAGCAAAUCGUUCAUAUUGUACGACCAAAAAAGUAAUCAACGAUACGAGGUGGUCCCCACCGAAGCGGAUGAGGAACUCGUCGAUCCAAACCACGAAAUUAUCCAAAUGCACAACGGAAGAGCCCACCGCUACGCAGUUAUACCCACAGAAGAUGACGAUGAAACGUGUCUCAACGAAGAAGCCGAAGUAGAAGAAAGCAAAAAACUGCCACCACCUUUGCCCCAAAAGGAUUACAUGCGCGAAAGCAUAAGAAAAUCCCGCCGCAAUCUGUUGUCGUCUACGACACCAGCGCCUGUUGUAGUGGCCACGACGACACCGCCCAAGAAGCCCAAUCCUCUGGCCACUCAGAUGCUGCACGAGUUACUGAGCACCCCGAAGCGGCAGGAUUUUACGCCGAAAAAUUCCCCACAGCGGCUCGACAUGGUCAAUCCAAAAAUCAUCUCCAGCACACCGAAACGCAACGAAUUUAAGCCACAAAAGCUGCAGUACGAUCAUCAGAUGCAACCGACAACCACUUAUUCCAUGCUGCAGCACCAGGCACGCGCCGAACUCAUACAGAAGCAGCAACAACUUCAGCAGAGCGAGGCAGCUGCCAGGACAACAGCUGUUAUAACGCCUCGGCUGAAUGUGGUGAAUGGGGAAAGUAGUAAUGGCAUUUAUGGUGAAACUACAACCUCCUCGGCGGAUCACACUGCUACAAACAAGUCGUGGCAUAAUGCAAGUUUCCACAAAAUUGCUCAUGCCUCAGCCACUAUUGGUGCCGUGUCGUUGAUGCUGAUCCUGUGCGGAUUUAUGAACUCCGGUCUCAGUCUGUAUUUCACGUCGAAAAUUGGAAGGGAAUACUAUCUGGAUAUGUCGAUCUUUGCCGGGUUUGCGGCGAUUGCCCUGGGCAUACUGGGAUUCAAGUCGCGGCGCUGCGAUUGGCUCCCGAACCGGAACUACAUCUCAGGCUACAUCCUAGUGACCGUGUUCUCGCUGCUCAACUGCUGUUCCCAGCUUGUCCUGAUGACUCUUCAUCCGUUUCCGGGGACGCCGCUGCAUGACGUGACCACGGGUAUCAUACUGGGCCUAUCUUCACUUACCUUGCUGUUGAUAAGUUUAGGAAUCGUGACAUCCCGGUGGUGUCGUGCUCCGCCGCCAGAUAACCGCGUUGAUGUGUGCUAGGUGUAAGUGUUACAGUGACCCAAAUUAAAGUAAAACGCUUAGGAAACCUUGACUUGCUUAAUUUGACUCUGAAUCGUAUUUCAAUAGUGUCGACAUCUGAAUUUUUAUAGUGACAGAUAAAGCAAAAUAACUUAAACCAAAACUCUAACCAUCGAUAAUCGAGUGAGACGACAUUAUUCCUUCUUAUUAUCAUUAAUUUUAUGAUUUAAACCAAGAAUGAUCAUUUUUUUAAUAAAUAUAUUAUUGGGA